UCCAUUAUUCAGAGAAAGUCAUAAUCGUCCGCUAAUUCUGUAGUUGUGUCACCACAAGUUUCACAGAUUUAAAAGAACAACAACCUGUCUCCAAGGGGAGUGUUUUUUUCGUCAUGGGUUGCAUCGUGCUAGUUUUGGUGGCUAUUCUGACGGUCACUCUGAUCAAUGACUCCAACGCAUGUUAUGUAGUAUCCAGAAGCAGCUGGAGGGCACAGAAUCCGAAGUCCACGACAAGCCUGUCGACUCCAGUGAACAUGGUCGUGAUCCACCACACCGAUACACCAUCGUGCUCUUCGCAAUCGGCAUGCAAGGCCCGUGUCAGAAGUAUUCAGAACGACCACAUGUAUGGAAGGGCAAGACGCGGAUUGGAUAAUUUCGAUGAUAUCGGGUAUAAUUUCCUGGUUGGUGGAGAUGGAACAAUCUACGAGGGACGUGGAUGGCAACGGAUCGGUGCUCACGCUCGCGGAUACAACUCAAGGUCUAUUGGAAUCGCCUUCAUCGGAACCUUCUCUGGAAGCUCGCCAACGGUCAGUGCACAAAAUGCAGCUAAGGCCUUGAUAAGUUGCGGGGUUUCCGGUGGUUACGUGUCCUCCCGCUACACGCUGCGCGGGCACAAGGAUGUAGGUUCAACCCAAUGCCCUGGGAGCCGCCUUUAUAACAUCAUCAGACGCUGGGAUCGUUACUGAGCUCGCAAGUAGACAGCACAUUAAGUAACUACAUUGUAUUUGUAGAUUGUGGUCCUUGUGAUUCGAACACUUAUGGUACCAAGAUGGACAGCAAUCCGGUUCACCAGUUAGACUUCACUAACUUCACUAACUUCACUUCACUAACUUUUUCCUGAAUAUAAGAAUAUUCUGCUAAUUAGUCGUAUCAAUCUAUGAAAAACAUUUGAAAUAACUGCAACAAAGGUCUUUUUGCUGGAACUUGCUGAUUUGACCCCCCACAUAUUCUGCACGUGAAAUUUUUCAGCAAAUCCAAGACUGAUGAAAGGGUUAUUUUGGACAAUCGAGCGAAACCUGACUGAUAAAGAUAGUAUUGUUAGUGCCUUUAUUGUCAGAAAAAGUGCGAAAAAUAUUUUCUCCAAAUGUUAUUAGGUUCAUAAGUCAAUUCGACAAAUGUUCGCAUAUUCGAAAAAAUAAACGCUUCUAAAAAAAUGUUCAG